AUGCUUACUCAAAGGAAUUCAUCUGUGACAGAUUAUGCCAGGAAGUUUGACAGGCUGGCUAAGUUCGCGGCAGACAUGGUACCCACUAAGAUGCUAAGAAUUCAAAGAUUCGUGAAGGGACUGAAAUUUAUGAUAGCCCAUGAUGUGAAGCUGAUUCGGGGAAUAACCACUUAUGCAGACACUUUAGAGGUAGCCUUAGAAGCUGAGCAGGCUGAAGAAAGGAUCUGGAAGGAAGGUGUGGCCAGAAGGGACGCCAAAAGGAAUAACAAUGACCAGAACGACCACAAACGAAAACAUGACGGUGGUCAAAAUCAAAAGGCCGAUAAAAAGAAUAAGACUGCAUCAGAAAGUAAUGGGAAUAAGAAGCCAUACGUGGAAUAUCCCCAAUGCCCUAUUUGCAAGAGGAAGCAUUCAAGAGAAUGCAGAUAUAAGACUAAAGUAUUCUCAAAGAUAGAUUUGAGGUCGGGGUAUCAUCAGCAAAGAGUACGAAAAGAAGAUAUCCCAAAGACGGCUUUUCGGACAAGAUAUGGUCACUACGAGUUUCUUGUAAUGUCUUUUGGCUUAACAAAUGCACCAGAAGCAUUCAUGGAUCUUAUGAACCAUGUAUUUAAGGACUACCUGAAUAAGUUCAUUGUGGUGUUUAUAGACUACAUAUUGAUCUACUCAAAAAUGAAAGUCGAGCAUGAAGAGCACUUGCGAUUGACGUUGGGAUGA